CCCCUGCCCCUUACCCCUUCACCCUUCACAUUUUGAGCGUGAAUAUUGGCUUGGAGCGUGAAUAAAUCUCUAUACAAAUCUCUCUGUUCUUCUCUGCUUGGGCAAUAAAAAAACUGCAGUUCAUCUGCAACAAUGGCGUUUCAUACUGCUUUACGAAGAAUCAGUUCUUCGUCAUUUCUAAUCUCUAACUUCCUCAACAAUGUUCCUUCUUCCCGAGGACUUACUGGUUCGUUUGCACCGUUAACUUCGCGAUUUCUGAGCUAUGCGGGUAGUGUUCCUGUUGUCGAUUCCAAUGAGGAAAGCUUUACGAUCAAUGCUUGUGGAGGUUCCUUUGUUCGCUCUGAGCAGUUUCCUAUUCAACGAGGUGUAUGUGGUAUAUACAUGGAAAAUCCAUUUCAAAUUUCUGAACCGAGAGGGGCAUACGAGGCUAAGAAUAUGCAGGAGGGAAUGUACGUGAGAAUGGAAAUGCCUGGUAUUGAUAAAGAAGAUGUGAAGGUGUUAAUUGCAUAUGGGAAUAUCACCAUAAAGGGUGAAGGAAAGAAGGAGUCUGUGCAUGAGGACAGUGGGAGAACCUACAGCGCCAACAUUGAGAUCUGUUCGAAUUCGUAUCAGCCUCAGUUUAUGGAAGCAGAGAUGAAGAAUGGUGUUCUUAGGAUGCUAAUCCCCAAGUCUAAAACUCCUCAGGCAGUGAAUGGUUCUUAUGUGAUAAAACUUAAGUAAGUUUGCUGUGGAAUUCCAUGUUAUUGAUCACAUGAGCUGAAAUACUGAACUAUAGAUUUGCACUAUUUUAUUGAAGAAGCACUUCUGUACAGCUUUCUCUUUAGAUGUUUCGAAAAAUAACGUGAUGCUGGCUCCGUCUUGAAGUUUGAGCAACUCUAUGGAUUUUGUGCUAUCAAUUACUCUUUUUGCUUGA